AUGAUUCGUCCCCUUCCUCAUCAAGUAAGUCAGAGCUUGAGCCAGCAAUGGCCCUGUCGAAAGACGCAAAUUCGUCAGCUCGCUGCUCUUCUUGAUCCUCAAAUACCAUCCCCUUCAACCAUAGUGCUCUACGGCAUCAGCGCAACAUGCAAAUCAACACUCGUCUCCGCAGUGCUCGACUCCCUCCCAGCCCGACACGCAAUCAUCCGAUGCGUCGAAUGUAUCACGUCACGACAUUUACUGCAAAAGAUAUUACUCGAGACGUUGCAUUCGUUCGGGAUGCAGGAUCACUGGGAGAAAUUCGGCAAGGGAAGGUGUGAGCAUGUCAGCACGCUUUUGAUUCAUUUGGGUGAUAUUUUUGCGGCUGCGAGGAAUAGCAAGAAGUCGGAUGGUGAGGUGGGAGGUGAGAAAUUUGUGCUUGUGCUAGAUGGGAUUGAUAGGCAGAGGGACGCGUCACAGAUGCUUCUUGCCGCGUUGGCGAGGCUAGGGGAGAUGAUACCUUCGUUGACUGUGGUUUUGAUCAUGAAUACGACCCCUCGUCCACUAUUCCUUCAAUCUGCCGGCGUCGCUCAUAUCAACUUUCCACCAUACACGCGCAAAGAAGCAAUCACCAUAGUCACAGCUGCAGGCCUUCCGAAAGUCGACGUGCUACCUGAUGAUUACAACAGCAAGAUCUCUUCUACUACUUCUAUGGAGGGUAUAUAUGCACAAUUCGUGGCAACAGUCUAUGACUCGCUAGUUGGUCCUACAGCAGGCACAAUCCCAUCGUUCCGGUCGAUUUGUGAAAAGCUGUGGCCUCGCUUUCUUCAACCUAUGCAAAACGGGGAGGUUUCCGGCGAAGGAUGGGAUUUUACGAGACUUUUACUCCGGAAUCGAGCCAUGUUCAAGAUUCAGGGUGAAUCGAUGCUGGUUCAUCAUAUUGUUUCUGCCCCAGAGGGAACGAACAAAGAAGAUCCCAAGACCAAGAAGAGAAAGCUAAAUUCAUUGACUUCAACGCCAAAACUCCCAUCAUUACCAUACUUCCCUACCUUGGUCUUGACAUCAGCAUACGUCGCCUCGCAUACCCCACAGCGCCUCGAUACAAUCUUCUUUUCCAAAUUCUCAUCCUCAUCACUAUCAGCACGCAACAAACGAUCUCAUCACAGGCGACGGCUGAAACUACUCUCCCAAGCCCAGGCGGACGAUGACAAUGAUAAUGGCAACACACCUAAAAAGGGGAAACGAGUAAAAACAAAAAUCACAAAAUCAAUGCUCGAUUCAGCCUUUGCGACUACUUCGGCGACUACAAGCGCCAUCACCGGUGAUAACGCCGCCAGCGGAGGCGCAGGAGGAGGCGGCACAACACAAUUAACAGGCUCCUCAACCCUCCUAACAGCCCGCCCGUUCACCCUCGAACGUCUAGUUGCUAUAUACCACGCAAUUGAUCCCAAUCCUCCCGCAAACGCGUUAUAUACCCUCCCUACAGCAGAUGCAAUAUAUAACGAACUUGCGACUCUGCGUCGAUUGAGACUUGUUGUCCCAGCCACGGGGGGCAGUAGUCAGAAUGUCGGCGGAGGCGCGACGGCCAUGAUGACGGCCGACGUAGGUGAGAAGUGGUCCAUAAAUGUCUCUGGGGACUGGGUCGGGGAACUUGCAAAGGGGAUUGGGGUUGAGGUUGGGGAGUGGUUGGCGGGGGGUUUAGACUGA